CGAGGAUGUAACAAAUCGCAAAAGAAGGAGCUUUUAAAAACCGAUUUUGUGAUCGAAUGUAGGACCAAGUUCACUGUGGAUUCCAUCUUCAACUGAUCUGUGAUGUUUGCCAAAUUGAAAAAGAAGAUAAAAGAGGAGGGGGGUGUUGCCACAGAUACCAACCUCUCUCCCGCUGGACCAGGGAUUGCUAGUCCUGUCAGGAAAGAUGGUGUUGGGUCUCCAUCCGGGAGGACAAGUGGACGACUGUUUAAUGCAAAUACCAAUGGAUCCGGGGAGGAGAGUUCCAUAUCUAGUUCCAAUGGAGCCCAGGAAGAGGGCGGGAGCAAGGAUGGUGGGACGAAGGAAGAAGUGCUGUCAUUGCUCAUGAAGAGGACGGAACAAGUCAAAAAGCUGGAGGGUAAAAUCAGCGAAUUUGCCGCCACCAUCAAAGAGAAGAAUAAGACAAUUGAAAAAUUAGAAACGAAUCUAGAAAAAGAAAAACAAGAUAAUGAGAGAAAAAUUGAGGAGAUGUCACACGAACAUUCCCAGAAUGAGGAAAAAAUGCGGCUGAAGUUUGAAGAAGAAGUGGGCCAGAAGGAAAUAGAGAUAAAGGCAAAAUUACGCUCCAAGUUUGCUUCUUUAGAAAAGGAGCGAUCUUCGCUGGAGAAGAAAUUAAAGGAAGCGAACGCAUAUAAAGAUCGUUAUUUCAAGAAAGAGGAGGAGAGUGACGAGUUCCAGGAUUUGACGAAGCAGGAGCUGGCCAAAGUGAAACAUAUGCUGCUGAACACUCAGGAAGACCUCUUAGCGUGCGAGUCCCGUCUCAAGGAGAAGAUGGACGAAUGUGAAAAUAUGACCAAGCAAAUGAAGGAUUUAGAAAACGAAGUCGAAACGCUUAAACUUGAAGUUGACUUUAAUAAUUUAGACAGAGAGAAAAUGGAUGAGGAGAAACAAAAAUUAUUUACAGAGACGAACAAGUUUAUUUCAUCAAUAACAAGUCUAGAAAACCAGAUAUCUAGUUUGAAGCAGGAUUUACAAGAGAAAUGUACAUCCCAUUCUAGUAUGGAGCAGACGCUUGCUCAUCUGCAAGAUGAGCACCAGACGCUGCAGAGAAAUAGUGACGUUUACAAAAAUAAGACCGUUGCCUUACUAAGUGAAAAGGAUGAGCAUAUCACGCAUCUUCAGGAGCGUGUGGACACGCUGGAGCAGAGGCUGGAGGACUCGGGUCUCUCAGGGGAUGAACAAGCACACGCCCUUAAAAAAGAGCGUGAUAUUUUAGAAAACAAGUUGACUGAAGCCAGGCAACAGUUAACGGACAUCAAGACGACGUGGAGUGACAAAAUAACGCAUUUGGAAGAACAGAUCUCGCAUUUGAACACAAAGAUAGUUGAGGACAGUGAGGAGUUGAUGUCCAGUCAGCGUGCGGCAGAGACCAUGAGAGAGGGCUUCCAGAGACAGAUUGAGGACUUACAGUGUAAAUUAGAGGAGGCAGAAAAAAGAGGCUUAGAGGGGACAGAAUUGGCCAAUAUUAAAGAAAUACAAUUAGAAAAACAGAAGCACAAUUGGGAGCUUGAACUGAAGAAAGCGCAGCAACACGCAUCCAAUAUGGAGAAAGAUUUACGGGAGAAAAACGACGCCUUACAAUCUCGACUCAAUACGUUACAGAAAACGUUUGAUUCGGAAAAAAGUGCAUAUCAACAAAAAAUUACUCAUUUAGAGAACACGAUCGACGACUCGUUGGCCAAGGAGAUCGAGACGGAGAAACAAAUCACGCAGUUGGAGGACCAAAAACAGGCGCUCAAGAAUGAUCUCACGGCUAAAGAGCGAGAGUGCAACCAGACCAAACACCAGUUAGAAUUCGCCAACGUGGAACUGGUCAAAAUGACCGAUUUAAAAAACAGCACAGAGGAAGAUCUUUUAUCUCAUAAAGAACAGUCGGAAAGUUUACAAAAGUCAGUAAAGUCGAAACAACAGAGUUUUUCAGACUGUAAAAAAGAAAAAGACGAGUUUAUGAUGAGAAAUGCUGAGUUAUCGCAACAGCUGGAGACGAUUCGGCGGUCGAGUACGGCUGACAUUCAGGACCUACAGAGGGCGCUACGGGACAGUACGGAGGAGCUGUCGUCUGUCCGAGAACAGCUCAUCAAGAUGGAGGAAAAGAUGAAGGAUCUGGAGAGUGAGCGAGAGUCUGUGUUCGUCAAUAUCGAGACGGAGGAAAUCGCCAAAUACAAGAAAGCGACGGAAGAUCUGGAAGAACAGCUAGCGGAGAAAACUAAGACGAUAAAAAUGCAACAGCAACGCCUGACCGACCUCAAAAAGACGUUACAGCGCGAACUCAAGGUGCAGUCGCUGCCGAACGACGAGCCAGACGCCCGGGAACCCGAACCCAGCGUGCCGAAGCCCAAUCAGAAUCGCUCGGAUCCAAAAGUGCCGCCGAAUAAAUCGGCGUUAAAUUCGAAUAAUUUUGACAUUGAUUAUUACAAUUCACAUCCUAUGCCGUCGUCGAUGAAACUCGACAUGGGUCCGGAGGUCAAUUUCAAGUAUUUAAAACACGUGGUGCUGAAAUUUAUGCUGAGUCGGGAAUCUGAGGCCAUCCACCUCGUGAAGGCCAUCUCGACGUUGUUACGCUUCAAUCGCGAGGAGCAGGCGCUGAUCAGGGAGACGCUGGAGUGGAAGAUGUCGUGGUUUGGAAGCAAACCCGCACUCGGGAAGGGACAGAGUGCCAAAAUCAUUCCAUCGUCAUAGUAUGCUAGAACCAACCAGUGUUAGUUCAGCGUUUUCAGGAUGAGUCUUAAGGGUUGACCAUACGUACCACCAUUUUGGCUAGAACUUGAAAUCUAAAAGCGAUUAAAUCUCUUUCAAAACAAAGUGAAUGGCAACUUCAAGGGCGGGAGUCUGUUCUUUGUCUUCUAGAGAAAAGCCUCACAGGUUUUAAACAGGCAUUCACUUCAUUUUGAAGGAGUUAUAACUGAUUUGGGAUUUCAGGUUCUAGGCAAAAUGUUGGUACCUAUAGCCAGCCCUUAGUCUGACAGAUUCUUUGAUAAAGCUGUACAGAGCUGAAAACGUGUUCAGAUGUCAUAUAUUGAAUCCCCUACCUACAUGUAGCCGAGUUUACUAUCUUUUAAAAAAAUAGCAAUGCUUUUGCGCGAAUUCGCCUCUUUCCAAAUGAGCGUCGCUUGUUGCACUUCGCCAAGCUAUAGGGUCAGGCUCUGUUGAUUUUGACUUGAUGUUGGAAACUUCAAAGGCUGACCCCAUAACUUGCCCAUUUUAUUGCCCCACGAGUGAAUACACCAAAUGCUACCCUCCAGUUGGCCAUUGAAUUAUUCAACACUCCACUGGCAGGCCUCUGUACUUGGACGUUAAACUGGGAGUGAGGGGCUGAAACGUAGGCCAAAACCGUAUGCAUGGCCAUGGGUUUGGGGCCGAAAUUUUGCGUUGCACAAUAUUUCUUGAUCCAUUACUGUGCUUCGUAGCAGAAACUUGCAAAAUGAUAGGCCUACUCGGACAUUAUUGUGAGAAGCAAUAGGUGUGUUUCAAAAAUUAUCUAUACGGUCAUAUGAAGCUGAUUUUCAUACAUUUUCUAAAAACAUAAUGUGAUACCAUUGCUCUGGUCUGUAUACAUUUUCUCUCCUUUUGAUAAAUUUUCAAAUUGUCAAGACUGUAUAAAACUUUGGAAUAUAAAAACAAUUUGUUCAUAUGAAUAUUAUAAAUUAUUAGACUCUGGGAUGUGUAUCUUUAAAUAAGUAACUCAUUCAGGUUAUUUGUUUUUGGAAAUGCAAGUUGCCUAUAAAUUGUUAUUUGUCUAUUUUGUUAUUUUGAAUCGUACAUGCAAGUGUUUACAUAUAUUUCCUGGCAAGUUCAGACCCAAUCUCCUUCUAAAGGCAAGAUACAGGGGCUCCCUCUUGAAGGAAGUUGUUUUGAAAUGACCAUGUUCAUGAAUUUUGGGAGUUGGUGCAAAAUGCUGCUCUUUCAUACCUUUUACUUGACCCUCUGGAAGGCUGUACUAAUGAAAACAUAAGAUGAAUAGGGGGAAAGGGGGGCAAAUCGAUUUGUCUUCAUUUGUAGAAACUGUGAUAGGGGGGUUUGGGUUGUAAAUACAAAAGGUAAGGUAAAGUGGUGCACUCAUCACGCUACAGUGUCGAAAACAGCUGGUGAUAUUACAUUCAUGCACGCAGAUACUAAAGCUAUAAUUGUACCACCUUACCUAGUAUUCACAGAACCAUUCAACUUGGUAAUUAAGAUGUAAACAUUACCAUGGCUAUAAGUGUACCACCUAACCUUACUGAUAUUGGUGAAACCAUUUAACGUUAAUGUUAUUACUGGGGUAUAAUUGUACCACCUAACUUUAUACUUGUAUUGGCGGGACCAUUCAACUUGGUAAAGAAAAAUGUAAACAUUACCAUGGCUAUAAGUGUACCACCUUACGUUACUGGUAUUGGCGGGACCAUUCAACUUGGUAUACAAAGAUGUAAACAUUACCAUGGCUAAAAGUGUACCAUCUAACCUUACUGAUAUUGGUGAACCAUUCAACUUGAUAAACACGAUGUAAACACUUGCAUAUUUCUGUGAUAUGUCAUCGCCAUUGUAUCUUCAAAUCAUGUUCCCAGUCAAUCAGUUCUAAAUCUCUUGUUAAAAAUUUGACUUUCGAACUUGAAUGUGAGAAUUUCCAAUUUAGAGGGGAUUUGCUGAAGACUUACUUCAAUAAUACUAGGCAUGCCAAAUUUCGUUAUGUUUGCAUGAAUAAUUACAGCUAUGUUUAUUUAUAAUUACUUGUGGAAUACAUGUUAACAAUGUUCAUGGACAGACUAUGCCUUUAAAAUGGGCCGUAACUUAAUCUAGACAAGGGAUUUGAUUGUGGUCGCGAGGUUUCCAUUCUUUGCAGUAAAGAGCCCGCAAACGACCGAUUUAAAUUGCGGCAACCUGCGAUCAUGCAUCAGAGUCAUGACUGCACUUGUGGUCGGAAUGCAGCAGCUGAUUGGUUAAAUUGGAAUCACGCGUCACGUUGUUAUGGCUCUGUUGCAGGUCGCGGUGACUAAGAUCGGUCGUUUGUGCGGCACAUUGUCACUUGGUGUUGUUUUGGAAUGAGGCCUGAUUACAGAGGUCAAAUUGUACAGAAAUGACUCCUAGUGGAUCAAAAUCACUGUCCUUAAUACAGAGGGUGAAAAUCUUCAUACAGAGGGUGUCCUGCUGACUGGAGUCUGGAAAGAGUCUCCAUUGUAUCAGUGAGUAAUCAUCAGGCCCGAUGAUGAUACACCUUGAUAAUUUGUGCCAGGUGAAUGGCAUUGUAUUGUGUACACUAGAUGUGUAUGGUUGUACACUAGGGGUGUAUGGUUACCGUAUAUAUAAUGUACAUACAAUAAAUAAUUUAUA